AAAAUUGCCUAUGUAGUAUGUUGCUGUUGUGUUAGUGUCGAGGUUAAUGUCCCCUUUCUCCUGGUACAACUUUUAGUUGCUCGUCCUUCGCUGUAAUCGAAUUCGUCAUGAUAAUGGCAUCUGUUUCUUGUUGUUCCGCUGCGCCUAUUUUUUAUAUUUUAUUAAGUCUUUUCUUUAUACGCGAGGGCGGCGGCGAGGCUAAACCUGCUGUUAAUAUUACAGUGCCUCCUGUACCGGUAACAGCUCCUAUCUAUACAACAGCAGCAUUUACUUGUAAAGGAGUUGGUGAUAUAUUAAAUUGGCAUGUACAAAGUGUUGUACUGAAUGAUUCCAUUGCACAACAAAGAGAAAUAACAGUCACUACUACCAAGAAUAAUAAUACUAACUUCUCAUCAGUACUGACUGUUAAUGCAAUACCUAUUAAUGAUGGCCUGGGAAUUGGCUGUGAAAUGAUUUCUUUUUUUCCUUUUAAUCGUGUUAUGUCAGGCAGUGUAUUAACUAUUAGGGGUAUAUCGUCAGUUGAAGAUUUAGAAUUUAUUUUCACUACAAAUAAUUCAUUACUAAUAAGAUGGUCCCGUCCUGCUUAUUACUCUAAUGAUAUACCUCAAGGAUCACCUGUUAAUUAUCAAGUAUUAUUUACUGAUGAAGAGCAAGAUGUCAUUCUAGAUGUGUCUUCUACAAUUAUUGAAAUGCAUCUUAUUUCACAAUGUGAUGCAUUUAACAUCAGUGUAACAGCACUAGUGGAUCAAUACAUAUCAAUUAAUAAUACUGUCAGUAAUAAUGGAAGUCUUGGUUAUAAUGCUACUAUUACAACAAAUGAAGAUAAUUUUCUAACUCCUAAUGUUUUUAUUGAGUUAAGUUGUCCUCCAUCACAAUCUAUAAGUUCUCUCAAUAUUACUAGUGAUAGUGAGCUUAUCGAUCAAUACAUAUUCACUGGUACUGGUGAAGUUGUCAAUGAUGAACGUACAUUAGCACCUUCGAAUGAAUACAAGUAUACUGUACAUAUUUAUAACUUAAGAAACAACCUCAAAUAUGAGACAUAUAUCAUCAUUACUACAUAUCAGGUUAUUGGUCUAAACAUUAACAAUACAUAUACCAAUGGAUCAGUUAGUGUACAGUGUGUAUUUGUAUCAGGGUCAACUGCUGAUGGAUGUCACGUGAUGUUUACUAAUACUAUCAGCAGAAUGAAUGAAUGCUUUAAUAUAGUUGGAUCACAUGAUACAAUAAUAUCAAUAUCAACAAGUGGUAAUUAUUCAGUGACUGCUUAUGAUAUUGUUAAGAAUGGAUCAUUUAAUGGACCUGCUAUUGAAUAUUCUACACUAGUUGAAAUUGUUAGAGUGACACUUUCUACCUCUUCCUCAUCUAGCAUUACAAGUGAAAGUACUACUGCUCUUCCUCAUUCCACUGUUAUUCCUACAAUCACUGUUACACCUGGAACUGAAGCCACCUCACCAACAAGUGGAACUAUUAAUGAUAACACCUAUAUUGUACCUCUUAUGGCCAGUAUAUUCAGUGGUAUUGUACUACUAAUAUGCAUUAUAUUAACAAUAUAUGCUAUGCUUUGUGUUUGUUUGAGGAAAAGGAAAAAACGAAAUAAGGGAGAUUUUAGAAAUCAAGACUUAACAAAAAAUUUGAUAUCACCAAAAGUAUGAUGCACUUUGUGUGCCUUCAGCAUUCCUGAUAAUUAUGACAACAGUGUUACUGGCAGAGACAUAAUUUUUUUUCUAAUUUUAGUAUGUGGCUAGCUAAUUAAUUUUUUGCAAAAUCUUUAAAAUAUACUUCAAGAAAAGUCCAA